AUGGGCUUUGCAGAGUACGAGGCCGCCCGUGCUGCGCUGCUGCAGGUCGAGUCGGCGCCCGGCUCUGCGAAGAGAGGCGCGUGGCUGGCAUGCGAGGCGGCCUGGGCAGCGGCGGUGGAGCUUCGGAUCCCCGAGGUCCCGACGGAGUUCGCCGAGGCGCAGAAGGCGGCAUGGGCCCUCCAGUCCGCUCCUGGGGUCUCGAGGAGGCCGUCCUGGCUGGAGGCCGAGGCGGCUUGGGCGAAGGCGCUCGAGGCGGAGCCGCGCGGGCCGCCGCCGCCUCUGGGAGCCGCGACCCCGGCGGUGCGCGAGGGCGCGGCGGCCCCGGCCGCGCCGCCGGGGCGGCGCUGCUGCGCGGCGGGGGUGUGGAAGCUGCUGCUGGCGGGCCUGCCCCGCAAGCAGGCGCAGGCCCCCCUCGGGGUGUGCGACCGGGCCGUGGGGGCCUGA